AUGGGUUCAUUGUCAAUUGCCUAUUUGUUGGGUCCGAUAUGUCGUCAAAUGGAAAUAUGCGAUGCUUUUUCGCUUAAACGUCAUAGAGUAUGGACUCAUGUCAACAACGAUUUAGGCCCUGGAAUCGCUCUUACCCUUCACUGCAAGUCUGCCGAAGAUGACCUUGGGGAGCAUGUACUUCAAUACCAUGAUCAAGGGUUUCAAUUCACAUUCCGUCCAAAUGUAUGGGGUGUAACGCUAUUUUAUUGUAGCUUUUCAUGGCAAGGUGGUCCGAUCCAUUGGUUCAAUAUAUAUGAUGAUAACAGGGACGAUGGCAAGAGUAAGGUUUUUGAUGUUAGGCCAAAUGGACCAUGUGAGGUUCAUGACUUUCCUCCCGAGGUUUGCUAUGUCUGGAACCCGCCCAGUAAUGUUUAA